GUGAUCAAUCCUCCGGCCAGAGAAUUGGCUGCAUCCGAGACCCCAGCGCCGAUCUACUGCUUCCCCAUCACCAUGGAGGCUUCUCUUGCUGUCUGCAUCCUCGCUGCUCUCCUGGCUACGGGGACCUGUCUGCAGUGUGAGGUUUGCACUGGAUUUGGAAGCAACUGCACGGGCAGCAUGCAGAACUGCACCGCUGGGCAAGACUCUUGUGGCAUCUUCCUUACUGAAAUCAUAGUGGUGGGAAUUGAGUCCCAGAGGAUUCUCAAGGCCUGUGUGCCGUCGAGUCAAUGUGAAGCCGGCCUCAUCUCUGUGAAUUUUGGGAACAUAGUGACAUCAAGGACGAACAUCACCUGCUGCGUGGGAGACGCCUGCAAAACAGUCCAUGUUACACUGCCCCCGGCUGACACCACACCCAACGGCCGGCGCUGCCCGAGCUGCUUCGCUCUGGACACUGAGCAGUGCCAUGAAGGGACCUUAGAGUGUGCUGGAUCUGAGACCCAAUGUAUUGACGCCACUGGGGCUAUAAUGUUUGGUCGCAGCCCAAUACCGAUCGUCAUGAAGGGCUGCGUUUCCGAGUCCAUGUGCCACCACUUAAAUGAGACUUCGUCGGCCUUCGCAAGGAUCAAUUUGAAUCUAACCAGAGAGAAAUGCACUCAGCCCUCCGUUGUGGUGGGCGGGGCACCAGGAGCAGCCGGGCUCCUCCCGGCCCUCGCUGGGCUCCUCCUGCUGACGCUUCUCUCCUGAUUCCCCACCCAGUGCAACGAGCCACACGGCACUGAAAUCCACCCUGCAGCC